UUAGGCUUAAUAACCAGCCUGGAGUGGAAACAGAAAAUAAGUUUAAUAAGGUGGACCCAGAGUGCCAGAGCUCAUUCAGUGCUUCAAGUGCUUGAGGAGAAUCCAAAGGCUAAUGGAUUCUGGCUGCGGAGUCGGAGUGUUCUACCUGUGCUUGGUCACCACGCUCACAUGGGGCAUUCUAGAAUGUUCAAGCUACACCAGGCCCCUCAUGGCCACCAAGGAGGGUGACAUUAUCAUCGGUGGAAUAUUCCCCAUACAUGAGAGUGUCAACUUCACAAACUCCAUCGAUGGACGACCGUCUCCACGGACCUGUUCUAGGUAUAACGUAGCUCGGAUGCUCCAGGCCCUGAUGCUGAUUGAGGCUGUGGAGACCAUCAACAACUCCACGUUGCUAGGCAACCUGACGCUGGGCUACCGCAUCCUGGACUCCUGUUCCGACGUCACUACGGCUGUCUACGUGACCCAAAGAUUUCUGGACGUGAACAGAACCGUUUGCCAAGACGUGUGGACAGCGGAGGACAGAACACACCGGACGAGCACGGACUGGCAGCCUGUGGACGUCAUCAUUGGAGGGUACCACUCCGAAAUCUCCAUCGCUGUGGCCAGACAGCUCUCCAUCCAUGAGAUCCCACAGAUCAGUUAUGGCUCCACAACGGGACUUCUGAGUGACAAAUCUCGCUUCCCAGCGUUCAUGCGAACAGUCCCGGAGGACAGGUAUCAGGCGCAUGCGAUUGUCGACAUCCUGGUGAGGUACGGCUGGAACUGGGUGGGCCUGGUGACCACGGAUGGAGACUACGGACGGUACAUCGCCCAACGCUUCCGGGAACGCGCCAAGGAGAAGGGCGUCUGCAUCGCAUUCAGCACCGUGCUGCCAGACAUUCUUGACGACCGCGAUCUGAAAACGGUGGUCAACGAAACCAUCGCGAAUAUCGAAAGGGACGACAGGAUCGGAGUCAUUGUGUCCUUCGCCAAGCCGUAUCACAUGAUGUACGUAAUGCAUGCCCUCACCCCCAAUGCCACUGGCCGCACCUGGCUGGCCAGCGACAACUGGGCCACGUCUGCGCCUGGCGUGCUCCAGAACUCCCCGCUGACGCUCGAGGAAAUCGGCACUGUCAUUGGGGUGACAUUGAAAUCGUCGAUCUCUGCAAGUUUCAACAGAUACCUGGAGAGCCUGACUGCCGACCACGCCAACAACAACACCAUUCUGCGGCAGUACCUCUGGUGGCUACAGACCAAAGGUCAGAGCACUGCUCAACCUGGUCUGGGCGAGGAACUGAAGAAGAAAGUCUAUCCUUAUGCCAUCUUCAGUGUUGGCAUGGCGGUCAAAGCCAUCGCUAGUGCGGUGAAGGACCUCUGCGCAGAUAGGAGCUACAAAGGCGGAAAACACUUCCAACCCUGGAUGCUUAAGAAUGCUUUGCGGAAUGCAGCGUUCCAGUGGGAACCAAAUGGCCACCCGUACGCGUUUGAUGAACGCGGUGACCUUAACACCGGCUAUGAUCUCAUACUCUGGAGGCAGAAUGGACAAGAGGUGGACAUGGGUGACAUCGUAGCCAAGUACAGCAUAGAGUCCGGGAACUUCACCUUCAUGGAUGGUGGAGACACACUCAUCGCAAACCUGAAUGUCACCUCCAGAUGUUCAGCCAGUUGCCCUCCAGGAACAAGGAAGAUUAUUCCUAAAGACAAAGAAGUUUGCUGUUUCGAAUGUGAAGAUUGUACAGAGAACAAAUUUACGAAUGCCACUAACAUGGAGACGUGCCUCGAGUGCGCAGAAGGCCACUGGUCCGGUACACGCAGUCAGGAGUGUCGGGAGAUUGAGGAAGUGUUUUUCGGAUGGGAGAAGCCGUUUGCGAUCGUCCUGGUGUCGUUCUCUGCGCUGGGCAUCGUCCUCACCCUGGUGGUGCUGGUUCUGUUCCUGGCCCGGUGGAACACCCCGGUGGUGAGGUCCUCGGUCGGGCCCGUCUCGCUCCUGCUCCUCCUCUCCUUGCUGGGUUCCUUCUCAAGCACGGUGCUGUUCGUGGGCAGGCCCACGGACGCCCAGUGCCAGGCGCGCCAGGUGCUGUUUGGCCUCAGCUUCACCCUGUGCAUCUCCUGUGUCCUGGCCAAGUCCCUGAAGAUUGUACUGGCCUUCCGGAUCAACCCCUCGCAGAGCCUAGCCAAGCUCUUCCAGCCCUACCUGAUCAUCGCCGCCUGCGUCUCCGUCCAGGUGGUGAUCUGCGCCGUCUGGCUCACCCAGAGCGCUCCCCGACCCAGACGAUGGGACAAUCAGAAUGGCAAAGUCAUUUUGCUGUGUCAGGAGGGGUCCAUCAAAGCGGAUGGGACGGAGAACUUCCUCUACUUCGGCCUCAUGCUGGGCUACAUCGGCGCCCUCUCGCUACUGGGGUUCGCCAUCGCCUUCCAGAACCGCAUCCUGCCCGACUGCUACAACGAGGCCCGGUUCAUCACCUUCGGCCUGCUCAUCUACCUCAUCUGCUGGGUGGUGUUCGGCCCCAUCUAUGCGCACGCGGAGGCCGGCGAGGAUCAGCCUGCGGUGGAGAUGAUGGUCAUCCUCUUCUCGGCGUACGGCCUCCUCGGCACGCUCUUCCUGCCCAAGUGCUACGUCAUGCUGUUCAGGCGGGAGGCCAACACCAAGGAGGCGUUCCUGCGUGUCAUACGGGAGCACAACUUCCGUGCGAGCCUGGACCAGGCAGCUCCCGAAAUCUCACUCACGUCUCACAGCUCUGAGCUGAGUCUCUCCAUGCACAGCUCGAGCUCGCAAGCGUGUCUGGUGGGUCCCGCCGGUGAAACUGAGGCGAGAAACGGAGGCCCUUCAUCUGUCAUGCAGCUAGUACAUGUAGCUCCCCCUCCUCCAAAUACUCCAGUAAUAUCAGAAACACGAUGUGACGUGGUGGUGGUAAAAAAUAGGAAAAAGAAAGAUCUGAUAAGAUGUAACACUGUGCAUUGAAGGUCAGUACAGAUCUAGAAAGCUACUUAUAAUUUAUUUUUUUUGUAAAACCUGUUAUUUUCUAAUGAUUUGUAUACAGUCUACAAUGUUGUUGUAUUAUUGUAUUAUUUGCAUCACUGCACAUGUACAUAGUGACAAAAGUGAGAGUGGGAGUCUACAGAAGGCACUAUAGUUAGGUGUGGUCAAUCUAAUGCAUCUCUAUCUGUGCUUACAUCACAGCUUAACCUUUAAGCUGUAGGUUACCUCAAAUGCUUUCAUACAACAUAUGGACAAUAUGUUUUCACACACAAAAUGAAUUAAUGUAGCAUAGCU